GUUGCCACGCCGCGUCGGCCGCCCACGGACUCGUGAUGCGCGGCAUCUCGUGGAAGAGUAUUUAAGUCAUCUGCGUCGCCUGGAAUUGGGCCCAACGUGGUUCCCUUGUGCACCGUCUCCGAUCAUGACGAUCGUAGUUGCCUCGUGGAUAUACCGAACGCCUCCUCUCCAUAGAUACGGCGCCUUUCUCUUGCGUUAAGUUUCUUGUCCUCUUCUUUUCUCUCCCUUCCCGGCCGCGGUUCGUUAGGGUUUGUUGCGGCACCAAGAAGCUGCGUUCGUAGGAUGAUCACCCGAUCAUAGGCUCGUCUUUCCGCUCCAGCAUCCUCGUCAGGCAAAUCUCUGCAUUUACUUUGAUCUUUUCUUUACAUCUAAUCCAAAAAUCUGUUCGUUUUCUUACCAGUGAUUGGAUUUGUAAUAGUUCAUCCUAUGGUGUAAUGAUUCCAUCUCAAUACGUGGUUUAGAAAGAGAUUUCUAUUUGCAACUCGUUUUUAUUAUUUACAAUUCUAUUUUAACAAAUUUUAAUGUCUUUACUUUGUUUUUUCCCUCCAUUCUCCUCUUCUUCGGUUCUUCUCCUCCUGCUGAUCGCGAAUGGCGAGCGGUGAGAAGGUGGUUUUUCAUUGAUAGAAGGGUCGGGUAAAUUCAUAAAAGAUCAAAAAAUAUAAACAGAUACUUGAGGGCUGAGAUUAUUAUGUGUCAGCUUGAUUUUCAUUAGAUUUCGAAGCAACAAGAUUUAGCAAGUGAACUAAAUUUGAUGGAUUUGAAGACGGGUGGUUCAACCCCUGUUCUUACCGAUCCUGGACCAUUAAACAAUUCAAGAUUGAGCUUGCCUUCAAACAUAAAACCAUAUUCCAUAGCAGCACAAGCACAUUCUUCCAGUUUGUACUCAACAUUCCCCGGAAGGAAAGGAAUACUUCGUAAGUUUGAUGAUGCUCAUUUUAAUGGUUGGUUGGAUGCCAUGAGAUAUCAUCGCCUCCUAGCAAACAGCUGAAUAAGGAUGUCAUAUCUGAGCCUUCAAUUGAUGAACCUGAUGUGGCAUAUCAUACUUGGAUGAUGAGCUUGCCAUUGGCGUUAACAUCAUUUGAACAUAUUAUAUGUUCUGGUGAAUGCAAGUAGAUAGCUUUGUUUCUGGAUUAUGACGGAACUCUUCCUCCCAUUGUGGACAACCCUGAUUUUGCCAUUAUGUCCAAUGAGGCACAAUUAUGAUUAUGAUUGUUUUACCUUGUCUCAUAUGCUUGUUGCUGUAAAAAAUGCCUCUAAAUACUUCCCGACUGCAAUCAUAAGCAGAAGGUCCCGUGAGAAGUCAUGGUAUGGAUAUCAUCGGCCCAGUCAAAAAGGACAAUAUCGAAGAUGGCCAUCCAAACCACACUAUUACAACUGAUAAACUGGUGGUUCACUGCUAGAUUGCGUAGCUCUGGUGAACUGAAUUUGGUGAGUGAAUAGGAUCCAUUGCAUUUGAAGAUGUGUGGUUCAUCCCCUAUUCCUAGUGAAUCUGCACCAUUAAACAACUCAAGGUUAGAGUUGUCUUCAAAUAUAAUAUCAUAUUCAGUAGCAGCACAUGCGCCUUCUUCCAGUUUGUACUCAUCAGCAUUAUCCAAAAGCAAAGGAGUACUUGGUAAGUUUGAUGAUGCUUAUGUAAGUGGUUGGCUCGAUGCAAUGAAAUCAUCGUCACCUCCUCGCAAACAGCUGAACAUGGACGUCAUUUCUGAGCCUUCAAUUGAUGAAACUAAUGUGGCAUAUUGUACUUGGAUGAUGAGGCAUCCGUCGGCGUUAACAUCAUUUGAACAGAUUUUAAGUUCUAUCAGAUGCAAGAAGAUAGCUUUAUUUCUGGAUUAUGACGGAACUCUUUCUCCCAUUGUGGACAACCCUGAUUUUGCCAUUAUGUCCAAUGAGAUGCGUGCUGUUGUCAAAAGUGCUUCUAAAUACUUCCCCACUGCCAUCAUAAGCGGAAGGUCUUGUGAGAAGGUGUACAAAUUUGUGAAGCUAACAGAACUCUAUUAUGCUGGUAGUCAUGGUAUGGAUAUCAUGGGCCCAACAAGAAAAAAUAAUUUCGGUGAUGGCCAUGCCAACUACACUGUUAAAAACGAUGAGCUGGGUAAUGGGGUGCAUCUCUUCCAGGCUCCGAGUGAGUUUCUACCUAUUAUCAAUGAGGUUUGUAGCUCCCUGGUUGACAUAACCGAGGAUAUGUUAGGUGCCAAAGUAGAAUAUAAUAAAUACUGUGUCUCUGUACAUUACCGUCUCGUGGAUGAGAAGCUUUGGCCCGAGGUUGCUCGGCGUGUGCUCAGCUUGGUCGACGGCUACCCUCGUCUCCGAGUGACCCACGGGCGGAAGGUUUUAGAGAUCCGUCCUGUGAUUGAUUGGAACAAGGGGAAAGCUGUUGAGUUUCUACUCGAAUCCCUCGGUCUCAGCAACCGUGAUGAUGUGCUUGCAAUUCACAUGGGAGAUGACAAAACUGAUGAGGACGCAUUUAAGGUGUUGAGGGACAGUAACAUUGGGUUUGGCAUCCUUGUAUCAUCUGUGCCUAAAGAAACCAAUGCAUUCUACUCUCUCAGAGACCCCUCCGAGGUAAUGGAAUUUCUGAAGUCUCUGGUCAAAUGGAAGGAGGAUAGUGCAAUUGCAGCUCCAUAGAUCUUAUAUAUAUAUAUAUAUAUACAUCAACUAGGAUUAAAAAAUAAUAAAAGCAAUUAAUCUUGAUUCUUCUUAGAUCAAGUCUAAUUGCUUUAUGUUUGCUUGAGAUUUGAUUCCAUGGCGCCGUACCGUAGGGUACGGCCCACCUGACCCCGACAUCGUUGUCGGCUAUCUUUCGAUGCCGCCGGGUUUAGAUUCCGGUUGGAUACGACGUGUCAGCCGACAACCUUCGGUGGUGCGCAAUGACUCAUCGCUCCGUUUUCAUAUAUCGUAUAGAUAAUACAUCAACUCAUCGUCACUUCCA